AUGGAUAAGUUUCUCAUCAAGUUACCAAAGCCAAAAGAUGGCCAACCAAGUUCUAGCUCUAAUCAACCAUUUGUGAGUUCACAAGUUGCUCUGGAAGUUCAAAGGCAUACAAAUUCUUUUCCACUUUCAAAUAUGGAUAAUAUGCUUGAUUUUAAAUCUCUUGAAGCAGAUCCCAAAGAUCGAAUGCCUAUUUCAUCUUAUGGUCCUAAUGUUCGAGAUGCGGUAAGGAGGUAUUGCAUUCAAAAAAAGUCAUGUCAGCCUAUUGAUCAUAUCUUCCCUAAAACUAAGUUUGGAGAAAAAAUGCGUCAAUUUCGACCAACUGGUUUAAGAGAAGAUCUCAAUGGUUGGAAUAUAGCAUUAAAGCAGACGCGGCAUUUUGUUUGUGUUGUUAUUUGUUCAAGAAUGAACUUGAAAGUUGUAGAAAUGUCGGAGAUUCAUUUACAAGAGAUGGUUUUAGGUGUUGGAACAAAAGCUUUAGAAAGAUUCAAAAAACAUGUUGGUAAGCAAGAUUUCUCGACAUCGGGAUUUCCAUUUUGUGGACAUGAUGAAAGUGAAGGUUCCGAAUAUAAAGGUGCUUUUCUUGAACCUUUGAAAUGGUAUGGGGAUAGAAGUUUUGAUGUGGGAAGAGUAAUAUUAGGUAAUGCUCCACAAAAUGAUAUGAUGAUUUGUCUGACAAUUCAAAAAGAUAUUGUGGAGGCUUGUGCUAAAGAAAAAACUAAGGCUAUCAUUGAAGACUUGGACGGUGAUUAUUUUGGAAUAUUAGUUGAUGAAUCAAAGGAUGUUUCUCAUAAGGAGCAAAUGGCUCUAAUUUUGAGAUAUGUCAACAAAAGUGGAAUGGUGAUAGAGCGAUUCUUAGGUAUUGUCCACGUAAAUGAUACAUCUUCUCAAUCAUUAAAAAAGGCAAUUUAUUCUUUGCUUUUGGAUCACUCAUUAUGUACAUCCAAAAUACGUGGUCAAGGUUAUGAUGGGGCUAGUAAUAUGCAAGGGGAAAUAAAUGGUCUCAAGUCUUUGAUUUUACAAGAUACGUCAUCUGCAUAUUCUAUUCACUGUUUUGCUCACCAAUUGCAAUUGGCACUAAGAUUCACUUCGACAACAUCAAGAAGAUAA